AUGUCAUCGAAUCAAAGUGUUGUCCCACAGCCACGGCGGCACAUGCCUGGAUUUUCUGAGCCAGAAAUGCCUUACUUACAGGGGCAUGAUGGUUCACAAGUACCUGAAGGAUUGCGCCCGCAAGCUACACCAGGCUCUGACAGUAUGCAUCAGCAGGAACUGCCUGGUUCUGAAGGCCUUCGUAUUCCGGCACCUCAAGCUUCUGUCAUCCACCCACUACUGCAGCCCGGCAUUGACAACAUUAGACCAACCAUAACUGUUGCUUCUGAAGGUAAUCUAAGACCAAUCGGACCUCUGAUCCCAGAAUCUGUCAGAUUCAGCCAGCCUGCUGCUCAGAUGAUGCCACAACCAGGCCAGCCUAUAAUUACACAGUCUGGUGCAAUUCCCAGUCUCCUCCAGCCGGGCACGAUGCGCCACGGUUCAAACCCCAGAAUAGGCAUGGCCCGGCCUAAUUUAAUGGGGUUUGCAGGCAUGACCCAAGGCCAUCAGAACCCGAGGAUAUUGCAGCAAACACAGCCGGUGAAUCUGUUAGCUCAGGGACUUCUCAACCAAGUGGCGUCGAACAUGAUGAGCUCUACACUUCAGAACAUGCCUGACCUGGCCGCUAGUCUCCGAGCUCUGACACAGCUCAACACAGUUCAUCCACACGGCCAGCCACAGAUGUCAACUCAUCCUGUGAUUCCUCCAGUACACAGACAUGCUCCAGAAGAUGACCACAGUGCCGCUAUGAUCACUGGCAUGCAGGGCUCAUUAUUUUUGGGUCAGCAGAAAAUGCCAGUUAUCCUUCCGCAGCAACCAGUUGUUCCUAUUCGUCCUUUGGCAACUGUAGCUCCACCUCUACCAAUACCAGUAUCAGUGCCGCUGCCAGGAGUGACACCCAUGCAGGGACCCUCAGUUUCCUAUGGAAUUGCGCACCCAGCGGUCACAACUUCAGACCCAAAUUUCAUUCCAGGUCUGUCUCAGCCAUCUGCCGAGACCACAUCAUCAUCAUCUUCUACCUCAGCUACCCCCUCCAUUGAUAUCAACAAUUUGCUGAACAAGCUGCUACAAGCUGGCCUUAUCAAAGAGCCUGCUAAGACGGACACAUCUACUACAGAGACGAUACCUGCCCUAGCGCCAGAAACCGCACCACCCGUGGUCAAGGAGGAGCCGGCAGUUCCAGUAAAGAAACCGAUCUAUGUUCCAGACCUGACAGACUUUGACACAGACAAGUUGAGACAGACACACGCAGCUGUGAUAGAGCAGCUCCACGAAGGUGUCCAGUGCCACACCUGUGCCGCUCGCUUCACCCUGGGCGACCACGAGAAGUACCGGGCCCACCUGGACUGGCACUUCAGACAGAAUAAACUGGAGCAGGAAAUGGUCAAGGUGGCCAAAAACAGGAAAUGGUUCUACUCCAUUCCGGACUGGGUACAGUACGAAGAACUGGAAGACACAAUGGAAAAAUCUCGAAGUGAGAUAUUUGAACAGAUGCGAACCGGCGAGCUGCCAGUGUCUAGUGCUGCUCAUGCUCUGUCUGUGCGUGCUCUUGAAGGGAAAGAGGUUGUGAAGAAUCCAGUUGCUUCUGGGAUUGAAGGCGAAGAUGUUUGUGCCACUUGUGGUGAUCCAUUUGAUCAGAUGUGGAAUGAGGACACCGAGGAGUGGAUCUUGAAAAAUACUAUCAAAGUCGACGGCAAGACUUAUCAUCCGGUCUGUUAUGAGGAUGCUCAAGAGACGCCCACGCCUGUGACUGUGCCCACAAAAAACCCACUAGAGUUGGAGCUUCAGAGUCAACCCAAAACUGUUGAUAGCAGCAGCAGUGUUGGAAAAGUUUUAGUCAAGCCAGAGCCGAUGGACAUCACAGAGGAGACCCCUGUGGGCAACAGUGAGGCUGUAGCUGCCAAUUUGCAGGUCAAGAGUGAGAUCAAGCCUGAGCCUAGCCUAGAAGAUUCUUCAGAAUUGAUAUCAUCGUCAGCACAUGUUGAACUGAAAUCAGCAUCAGCACACGUAGAACUGAUAUCAUCGUCAUCACGGGACUCUACUGAUUUAAACAGUGCAAUAAAAAAUGGCAAAUGUGCAGACAGUGCGGCAGCUACCAGUACUGGGGCUCCCAGCCUGGCCCCACCUGCAGCUACCACAACAGAAGUUGUUGUUUGUCAAGGACCCACUUUACUGAGCACCAUUGCCACAACUGUGGUGCGAGAAGUGAUCCCUGUCAGCCACGAGGACCCCAUGUCUCCCUGGGAGAUGGAUUCAAACCCAACUCCUGAACUCUCGCGCACACCGACUCCUGAGCCCAUCAGGUCGUUUACUCCAGCGCAGUCGCUGUCAUCAGAAUCCAUCAGUUCUCUUGCUCAAGGAUCUGACAGUCUGGCAUCAGAGGAACCAUUGCCUCCUGCAGCUCUAGCCUCUGCUGCUUCGUCGGGUGUCAGUAAAACUGUGGAGGGUUCCACCAAAUAA